AUGGCCGGGUCUCGAAGCUUGCAGCUUGAGUUCUCUAAUGUUCACUCUGUGGCCACCCCGACAAAAGACGCUGCACAAUACUCUGAAACCACUCAAACAGAUGAUGAUCGCGCAUCGAUGGGAGAAUUCAGUACAGGUAGUCAAGAAUUCGACUAUGACGAUGAUAUGCUUCCAAUGGAUGGAGGCGGAUUUAGUGAUCGUGAAGAGCCGGAAACCGUCAAAGAGGAGCCGGCUCCUGUCCGUAUACCGGACCUCAGUGAAGAGGAGAAAAACCAAAUUGUAGCGAGCCAAGGAUUCCAGAUCUUCUUCAACUACGCGGCCAAAGUUAUUAAACGGGCCCUCGCAGAGGCUGAAAACGUAGAUAUAUUCAUUGAUUAUGCGCGAGGUCAUGGCGAAGUUAUUGCAUCGAGCGACCGACUUGUGCUGUCAAGAGUGUUUUCCGAUCCAAAAUGGUCUCAGAAUAGAGCUGUUACUGGAAUUGCCUUCUCAGAGCAACAUCCAGAAUUGGUUGCCGUAUCGUACGACUACAACAAGGACAUACCGUCUGAGCCCCCUGGUGUGGUAUUGAUAUGGAAUACAAAGUUCAAAAAG